AUGGCGAAAGAUCCCGAGUUCUUCAUUUUGAAGCAGUGGGCAUGGAUGGACACGGCAGAGUUCGAGGAUACUCUACUCGGCGCCUUUGUAGCGAGCUAUGCCGACCCACUCGGAGACUCCAUCCUGCCCGAGCCUGGCAACGAGUCGUACCUGAAGAAAUACACAGACGGCAAGACGUUCGGGGGAAAAUUCACGGAGUUCAUCAUUGACAAUUACAGGGAGGAGAAACAGGAUGUUGGCACGCUUCUCAACUCUCUGGCCGGCGUCACUUUCAGCGGCGAAACAGAGGAGGCCGUCUUCUUGACCGGGAAGUUGAUCCGCUACCGACGACUACGGGAUAUCCGUACCUUCUUCGGAAAGGUCAAGCAGGACGAUGAGGUUAAGUCCCGCGUGCCUAACUGGAUCAAGCUCAGUGACAAGCUUAGGGGAGACAUGGGGGUCUGCUUGGUCGUCGGAGUCAUGAUCUGUGAGGACGUUGACGUGGAGUGGGGAGCAGAGGAUAGAAAGGACGUAGCUGGCAAUCUCGAGAUACCCAUCGACAAAUUUAUCUUGGCCACCCCUCAGCCUAACCCGCUGGACGGUACUGGCAAUCCGCAAAUUCAUGCGUCGAGCAGUCAGAAAGUGGGAAGGGUCUUCAAGGCUCAUUCCGGCGAGAGCAAGAUCUUUGCUCUCCAGCUGAGGAGCGUGACGAAAGGGUACAUUUUGAAGCAUAACGAACUGAUGUUGAAGCGACAAGGCCCAAGUGUGGAUAGAGGGCGCGUUUUAGGGCAUGAUGAUGGGGACAAUGAUAGCUCAGUCGCAGACGAUGAGUUGUUCCUCGAGGAGUCUGUGUCUGAUGAAGACCGCUAA